GUUUAGUUUUCCAAAGAGUGUAUUUAUGUGUUUUUUUUAGUUAGUUUUUUGUUUGUGCCAAAAUAAAAAACUGCAAAGUGCUUUCAUUGAGAGUCGAACUCAAGACCUCCCGCUUACUAAACGGGUGCUCUAACCAACUGAGCUAUGAAAGCUUGAUGUCCAGAAAUCUCUAUCAUUGUUAAUUCCCAUUAGAAACAUUUGGUUUUGUAUUUUGAACACUUGGCUUAAAAUAUCAGCUUUGGGCGAAAGAGGGCGCAAGAGAGAGCUGAGGGUGUAAUCGGCGGCUGCGGUGGAUAUAUUACUCAAAACCCCUUUGAUCGAACUCGAAGGAUUGAAACAUAAUGGGAAAGGACGCAAAGGGAGGUGGAAAGGGAAAAGCAAAACAGACAGGUGGCAGUGAGGAUGGUGGUGCAAAAGGCAAAGCCAAAGGUGGAAAGGCUAGUGAUGGCCUUGGAACCUGCACAUAUGUAAAAGCAAGGCACAUUUUGUGUGAAAAGCAAGGUAAAAUCAACGAAGCAUACAAAAAGCUGCAAGAUGGAUGGCUUAGCAAUGGAGAUAAGGUUCCUCCAGCUGAGUUUGCAAAGAUAGCAGCUGAAUAUUCAGAAUGCCCAUCAGGGAAGAAAGGUGGAGACCUUGGAUGGUUUCCACGUGGGAAGAUGGCUGGACCAUUUCAAGAGGUUGCUUUUAACACUGUUGUUGGGGCUACUAGUCCACCCUUUAAGUCAACACAUGGGUAUCACAUUAUCUUGGCUGAAGGGCGGAAGAAUUAGGAGAUCAUAAGCAGUUUCAUUAUCAAUUAAAUAAAGCUGAAAUGGUGUAUGAACUUUAAUGUAUUAACAUAUUUGAGAUUUUCAAUUUUUCUGCAAGAAGGUGUCUUUAUUUUGGUGUAUGCUCUCAUAAAAGUGAAUUUUUUUUUUUUUCUAAUGUAUGCAGCGAAGUGUUUUUUGGACAAAAUCUGCACAUGUUUAAGUAGUUGAAACACGGUUGCAUAUUUUUGUUUAAGUUCGGUUAAGUUGGAUGAUUGAAACAAAAAUAGAACGUGG